AUGUCCUUUGGCCGUGGCCUGGUCGUCGGCUCCAUGUCACUAGUCAUCUUUGUGGGUCUCCUGCAGCUGCUGGCUAUGUACGGACGAUCAUGGUACUCGGUGGAGUUGGCCAAGAACAGGCUGUCGCAUGUCCUCAGCUACGAGGUGACCAUCGGAUUGCGCUCGGUGCAAAAGCAGAUAUGCUCGCCGGUCGAGUGCUGGCGCGAAGGCCAGUCGCUAGACUCGAUGCGCGCCACCUCGCGCGAGUGGGCCGGCUUUGAUGACGCUGGCAAGGCCACCUUUGCUGUUAUGUGGCUCUCGUUUGUGACGCUUGUGGCAUGGUUUAUCUUGGGCCUCGCGCGCCUGCUGAUGCAUCCGCUCACCGUCGAGCGCACCAAGUACCACGUGGCCUUUGGCGUCGGCGCCACCUUUGGCCUCACCGUCCUCGCGCUGGCGCUGUACGCCUCGCGCGCGCCGGGCUUUGCAUACCCGGUGGCGGACCCGUAUCUGACAGCGGGCCUCGCGCCGCCGCCGCCGCCGCCGCCAAGCAUGGCGCCCGGCCCGUCGCCGUCGGCCUCGCCGCCACCGCCGCCUGGCGGCUCGGGGCCGGGAGGCGGCGACAGGCCGCUCAACUUCAAGGACUUUACCCAGGCUUACGGCGACCAGUUCUCUGUGGCACUGGCGUGCAUGGUGCUGCAGACGCUGGCAGGCCUCUUUCUGGUCGUCCCGUUCUUCCAGAACGACGAGCUCGAGGAUCUGCAGCGGGCGUUCCUGGUGGAGCAGCCGAACGGCGACGUGCUUGCUGCCGUCUCGCCGCUCCUCCGCGACCACCUGCACGUCCAAUGCCCGCAGUGCCACACCCAAAUGGCCGGACCGGCGUCGACUGUCGUCGCCUGCCCGACAUGCGCGGCGCCGAUCCGGGUCCCUGCGGACGUCGAGCUGGUGGACAUGUUUGAAGCGUAUCCGCCGGGCCAUCCGCUCGCCCUCGCCCCGCCGUCGCACCCAGAGUGCUUGAGUAGCGGCAGGCUCGCCCUUGCCGCGUCCCCGCAUUAA